AUGGGGUUCGUGGCAGCGUGCUCGUGCCUGCUGGUGUGGGCGGCCGGCGCUCUCGUCGCCGGGCCGCCGCCACUGCCGCUCAUCGGCAACCUCCUCAGCUUCCGUAAGCUGCCCGUGCUCGUGGGCCAGCUCAGGGCCCUGCAGCGCGCCUACGGGAACGUGUUCAGGUUUUACAUGGGGCCCAAGCUAUUCAUGGUGGUGACACAACCCGACGAUGUUCAAAAGAUACUAACGACCAGCUGGCAGCGCGAACGCGAUCCAUACUUCAUACGCCCACUGAGGGUCUUCGUUGGCGAGGGCCUACUUACCAGCAAGGGAGACGUCUGGAGAAACCACCGCAAGAUCAUUGAGCCCACAUUCCACACCGAGGUGCUGAGCCGGUUCGUCGACUCAUUCAAUGAAGGCGCCAGGUUCACGUGCGAAAAGCUGGCGGCGGCUGCCGGUGCCGAGGUUGACGUAUACGGCCCACUGUUCCAUUCGGCCUUGCGGACCUUCACCUCGACCAUCGUCGGCAUCCAGCUGGACGAGUUAGAGCCAGACCGGCUCAAACAGGCCGAGAUCGCCGACGAGGUGAAAGACGGCCUGCAGACCAUACAGAAGAGAAUUUUCCGUCCCUGGAUGCAAAUGGAAUGGGUCGUUUCAAUGACGCCGGAAGGUCGUGCUUUCAGAAGACAAAUUGGUCUGAUAAAUGGAUUAGUGGGACAGAUAAUAAAUAUGGCGAAGAAGAAAAGAAAUGGGACGAUGCUGUACAAGAGGAGCUCUCUGAUGGACGUCCUGUUGGAUCGUCGAAGAGACAUGGAGAUAUCAGAAGGAGAAGUUCAUGAAGAGGUGUGCACGUUUGCACUGGCGAGCACAGAAACGACGGCAGCGGCAACCGGUUUCACGCUGUCUCUGCUGGCCUUGCACCCGGUGUGGCAGGACGCGGUGCACCGGGAACUGGACGAGGUCUUCGGCACAGAAGAAGGCCGCUUCAGGUCGUCCACUGCAGCAGACAUCGCCCGUCUCGCAGUGCUGGACUGCGUCGUAAAGGAGACGCUGCGGCUGUUCCCCAUAGUGCCGAACCUGCCGCACCUGGUGUCUGAGGACACGCCGCUGGACGGCGGCCGCUGCGUGGCCCCGCGGGGCGCGUGCGUGCUCGUCGCGCUCAGCCUGCUGCACCGCCAGCCGGACUCGUUUCCCGAGCCGGACCGCUUCGACCCCGGGCGCUUCCUCAAGGGCGGCAGCAGCGCUGACAGGCACCCGUACAGCUACCUGCCGUUCGGCACCGGCUCCCGCAAGUGCGUGGGCGGGAGGUUCGCGCUGCUGCAGAUGAAGACGCUGCUGUCGGCCGUGUUGCGGCGCUUCCACGUGCUGCCCGGCUCCAGCAGGCAGCAGCUGGAAGAGGUGGCGCUCUCCAUCACGGGGCAGCCCAUCUCGGGUCUCAGGGUCGCGUUUGUGCCCCGGCAAACCCCGUCGCCUGCCGCGGCACGUUCGUGAAGCACUGCGGACAGCAAUAAAUUACGUCAGCGUCGGGGCGCAUUCUGUCUGGGAAACUAUUCAGACGAUGUGCUUCUUUCUGUGACGAAGACCGUCGCUUCACAUGUUUUCAGCAAUGCGCGUACGUACAAGUACGCAGUGUUUCAUGUACAUUCAUCCUAUUUCAAAUGUCUGUAUCCUUUACGCUACUGAAGAAAGAAAUGGGGGUAAUUUUAACUUAUUUUCAAAAGAAACAUCCAAUAUUAAAAAGAAAAAAACUUCCUAAUGUUUUUCAAAAUUAUAUUUACUUUGUUGCGAACCGGCUUUUGGCUUCCUGGGCCAUCUUUAGUUGACAACUGACUGUGGCAAACACAGAUAUACAUUAUGUGCGACUUCCACAGAUAUUAUUUGUACAGAAGAUAAAAAUAAUGACAAAAUGUUUACAUAGAGAAAUAUUACAAUAAUUACAUUCACUAAUUAACUAAUUAAAUAGCUUCUCUCAGGGGCAACUCUCGAAUCGCAUAUUACUUCUAAAUUCUGUUCAAAAUGUUCAAAUGUGUGUGAAAUCUUAUGGGACUUAACUGCUAAGGUCAUCAGUCCUUACGCUUACACACUACUUAACCUAACUUAUCCUAAGGAUAAACACACACACC